AUGGGUUCCAAAAGAAGAUUCUCGUCCGAACACCCAGAUCCAGUUGAGACUUCUAUUCCUGAGCAGGCCGCCGAGAUUGCGGAAGAAUUAUCCAAACAACAUCCUCUUCCAUCCGAAGAACCGCUAGUGCAUCAUGAUGCCGGUGAAUUCAAGGGCUUAGAACGCCACCAUACUACGGCAGAACAGGCUCAAAAACUUGAAGAUGGAAAGGUAAAUCCAUUUACAGGUAGAGAGUUUACACCAAAAUAUGUUGAUAUCUUAAAAAUUAGAAGAGAACUCCCAGUACAUGCUCAGAGAGAUGAAUUUUUGAAACUUUAUCAAAACAACCAAAUUAUGGUUUUUGUUGGUGAAACUGGUUCCGGUAAGACGACACAAAUUCCUCAAUUCGUGUUAUUCGAUGAAAUGCCACACUUAGAGAACACUCAAGUCGCAUGUACCCAACCUCGUCGUGUCGCCGCAAUGUCUGUUGCACAAAGAGUCGCCGAGGAAAUGGAUGUCAAGUUGGGUGAAGAAGUUGGUUACUCUAUCAGAUUCGAAAAUAAAACUUCUAAUAAGACGAUAUUGAAGUAUAUGACUGAUGGUAUGCUGUUGAGGGAGGCAAUGGAGGACCAUGAUUUGUCGCGUUAUUCAUGCAUCAUUUUGGAUGAAGCGCACGAACGUACACUAGCUACCGAUAUUUUGAUGGGUCUUUUGAAGCAAGUAGUCAGGAGAAGACCUGAUUUGAAGAUCAUCAUUAUGUCCGCCACUCUGGAUGCGGAGAAAUUUCAACGCUACUUCAAUGACGCCCCAUUACUUGCCGUUCCGGGCAGAACAUACCCAGUUGAGCUAUAUUAUACGCCGGAAUUUCAAAGAGACUAUUUAGAUUCUGCCAUUCGUACUGUUUUACAAAUUCAUGCUACUGAAGAGGCUGGUGAUAUUCUGUUAUUUUUAACUGGUGAAGAUGAAAUUGAAGAUGCUGUCAGAAAGAUUUCUUUAGAAGGUGAUCAAUUGGUUAGAGAAGAGGGAUGCGGACCUUUAUCUGUAUACCCGCUAUAUGGUUCAUUGCCACCACAUCAACAGCAAAGAAUCUUUGAGCCUGCUCCAGAGUCACAUAAUGGCAGGCCAGGCAGGAAAGUCGUUAUCUCCACUAACAUUGCUGAAACUUCGUUAACAAUUGACGGUAUUGUCUACGUCGUUGACCCAGGGUUUUCAAAGCAGAAGGUUUACAAUCCGAGAAUUAGAGUUGAGUCUUUACUGGUUUCCCCUAUCUCCAAGGCUUCUGCCCAACAAAGAGCUGGUCGUGCUGGUCGUACAAGGCCCGGUAAAUGUUUCAGAUUAUACACUGAAGAGGCAUUCCAAAAGGAACUGAUAGAACAAAGUUAUCCAGAAAUUUUACGUUCUAAUUUAUCUUCCACCGUCUUAGAACUAAAGAAAUUAGGUAUUGAUGACUUGGUCCAUUUCGACUUUAUGGAUCCACCUGCUCCGGAAACAAUGAUGAGAGCUCUUGAAGAACUAAAUUAUUUGGCAUGUCUAGACGACGAAGGUAACUUAACACCUCUAGGUAGACUGGCAUCCCAGUUCCCCCUAGAUCCUAUGCUGGCAGUGAUGCUAAUUGGGUCCUUUGAGUUCCAAUGUUCUCAAGAAAUAUUGACUAUAGUGGCCAUGCUAUCGGUACCAAAUGUAUUUAUUCGUCCAACAAAGGACAAGAAACGAGCAGACGAUGCCAAGAAUAUCUUCGCUCAUCCAGAUGGUGAUCAUAUCACUUUACUAAAUGUAUAUCAUGGGUUCAAAUCAGAUGAAGCUUAUGAAUAUGGUAUCCAUAAGUGGUGCCGUGACCACUACCUAAACUACAGGUCACUUUCCGCUGCUGAUAAUAUCCGUUCCCAAUUAGAAAGAUUAAUGAACCGUUACAACCUAGAAUUAAACACUACAGACUACGAAAGCCCUAAAUACUUUGACAACAUUAGAAAGGCUCUUGCCUCUGGGUUCUUUAUGCAAGUAGCAAAGAAAAGAUCAGGUGCCAAAGGUUACAUUACAGUGAAAGAUAAUCAAGACGUUCUGAUCCAUCCUAGUACAGUCCUUGGCCACGACGCAGAAUGGGUCAUUUACAAUGAAUUUGUACUCACGUCGAAGAAUUAUAUAAGAACUGUGACCUCAGUUAGGCCCGAAUGGCUUAUUGAAAUAGCCCCUGCAUACUACGACUUGAACAAUUUCCAAAAAGGUGAUGUCAAAUUAUCGUUGGAAAGGAUCAAGGAAAAAGUUGAUAGAUUAAACGAGUUGAAACAAGAUAAAACUAAAAAGAAGAGUAAACACUCUAAGAAAUAG